AUGUAUGAUUUGUAUGAUAUUGCAAAGACUUCAAAAUAUCACACUUUUUUAACAAAAAAAAUCGUUAUCAAAAUUAAAAUGUUGUAUUUACGCCAUAGUAUUAUGUCACUUCCUAAAUGUGUGCGCCUUAUAUCUCAAUUUAAAUUGCCGAAGACAGACUGUGUUCCUUACACACCGCCUCGUAAAGUGAUAGACCCUAAAUUAUGCGCGCGCCGUGAUCGUGGACUUGUUCUUGGAGUUUAUUUUAACGAGAAUGUUGAUUCUGAACCCGCUAUUCUCACUGCUAGUGGUCAGAAGUAUGAUGCGGAAAUUUCCGGAAAAUUGUGGUCAAUGUUAAAACUUACUCCGAUACCAAAACUUGGGGAAACUAGAGUAUUUUAUGACUUGGAUCCAAAGUAUGCUUUUGUCGCUGUCGCUGGACUCGGUAGUGAAUGCUUAAGCUAUAGCCAAAUCGAGCAACUGGAUGAGACCAAGGAAGCUAUAAGAAUAGCAUCUGCUGCUGGAGCAAAAGCACUGCAACCUUUCAACCCUAAAAAUAUUGACAUUGAGUCCUUCGGGAACGCUGAGGCGGCUGCUGAGGGAGCAAACCUCGCAAUAUGGCAAUUUAAAGAAUAUAAAUCAAUUAAACACAAAACAAUCGUUCCAAAUCCAAUUUUGCAUCUUUAUGAUGACUGCGAUUUUGAUAGUUGGAAAAUAGGCUCACUGAAAGCUGAAGCACAGAAUCUUGCGAGAUAUUUACAAGAAAUGCCAGCAAAUAUUUUAAACCCAACUAAGUUUGCUAAAAUAGCUGUGGAUCUUUUAUGCGAUUUAGAUAUAAAUGUUGAGGUAAAAACAAAGGGCUGGGCGGAAAAGCAUGAAAUGGCUGGAUUUGUAUCCGUCGGAAAGUCAUCGAUCCAGCCACCAUUGUACGUCGAAAUUAGUUAUUACGGUGCCGAUGAAUGUACUCGGCCAAUAGUAAUGAUUGGUAAAGGAGUAACCUUUGAUAGCGGAAGCUUAGACCUAAAGAGCCCGAGUGAAUUGAGAUACAUGAAAGGCGACAUGGCCGGGGCAGCUUGCGUAGUGGCGAUAACGAGAGCCGCGGCCAGGCUCAAACUUCCCAUUAACAUCAGAGGUAUCCUACCGUUAUGCGAACUGAUGCCUAAUGGAAACAGUCCCAAAUUUGGUGAUGUUAUAUCCAGUGCAACCGAGAAAUCAAUUCGAAUAAGAAUGCCAUCACGCGAAGGUCGAUUACUCAUAGCAGACAGUCUAGUUUAUGCACGAAAUUUCUGGCCCAAAUUUAUCAUCGAUAUAGGAACUAUGUCAAAAGAAUUAUUACAUUUUCUCGGUGGAGCGGCGUGCGCUUGUUACACAAACUCCGAUGACUUGUUCCACGACUUAGAGGCAGCGAGCUGUUACACUGGUGACAGAAUAUGGAGAAUGCCACUAUGGAGAUUUUAUGAGGACCGCGUAAGGAAUUGUAAAACUGCGGACGUCGGAAAUACUGGACUCGAGGAAUACGGAGACUCGGCCAACUGUGCCGCAUUCUUGAAACAGUUUAUACACGACAGCCAGUGGGUGCACCUGGACACUUACAAUGUAGCCUAUACAAAAGGAUAUGACUACCCGUACCUGAACCGCGGCAUGACCGGCCGCCCCACCAGGACCGUCAUAGAGCUUCUCAACCAAAUGGUGGCGAAGUCUAAAUUAUAACGUAUUUAGUAUCUAAAUAACAUUUGUGUAGUAAUAUCGUUCGUAACCUAUUGCCUAUCUAGGUACAUUUUGGAUUUAUAUAUUUGGCAAAUAAUAAACCUUUAAACAAUU